AUCGUGUCCAAGAACGCCAUGCAGUACCGGGGGAACGCCCAGCACGACGCGCAGGAGUUUCUGCUUUGGCUUUUGGACAGAGUUCACGAGGAUCUGAACAACGUAGUGAAACACAGCGGCAUGCCUCCUCUGAAGCCACCGCUGGAGGAUGAUGUGCUGCUUGAGGGACCAGCCUUUCCUAUCAGUAGCACCUUCGUGCAGGAGCUCUUCCAAGCCCAGUACAGGUCGUCUCUGACGUGCCCUCAUUGCCAGAAGCAGAGCAACACCUUCGACCCUUUCCUCUGCAUCUCUCUGCCGAUUCCCUUGCCUCACACACGGCCGCUCUUCGUCACCGUGGUCUACCAGGGCAAGUGCUCGCACUGCAUGCGCAUCGGCGUGGCCGUGCCCGUCGUGGGCACCGUGGACAGGCUGCGGGAGGCCGUCUCGGCCGAGACCAAGAUACCCACUGAGCAGAUUGUGCUGACGGAGAUGUACUACGACGGCUUCCAUCGUUCCUUCUGUGAUACUGAUGACCUGGACACCAUCCACGAAAGCGACUGCAUCUUUGCCUUUGAGACCCCAGAGAUAUUUAGGCCUGAAGGGAUCCUUAGCCAGAGAGGAAUACAUUUAAACAAUAACCUGAAUAACUUGAAAUAUGGCACUGAGCAAUCUCGAACAAUAUCUUACUCGCAAGGAACAGCAAAGUCUGGAAAACUGGAACAGUCCCCUGCUAGACAAGCAGCAAAUGAUAAGAUUGUGUUGCUUGUGUGUAACAGAGCAUGCACUGGACAACAGAGCAGAAGGUUUGGUUUGCCCUUCGUACUGCAUUUGGAAAAAACAAUUGCUUGGGAUAUUCUGCAGAAGGAAAUUUUGGAGAAGAUGCAGUAUUUCCUGCGGCCUACAGCCUGUAUGCAGGUUUGCCCGUUCAGCUUGCGAGUGGUCAGUGUUGUGGGCAUAACCUACUUGCUACCUCAGGAGGAGCGACCCCUCUGCCACCCCACUGUGGAAAGGGCAUUGAAGUCAUGUGGACAGGGGGGAACUGCUCAUGUGAAGUUGGUGGUGGAAUGGGACAAAGAAACUAAAGAUUAUUUGUUUGUGAAUACAGAGGAUGAGUAUAUUCCAGACUCUGAAAGCGUCCGCCAGCAGAGAGAGCUUCAUCAUCAACCUCAGACCUGCACUUUAUCUCAGUGUUUCCAACUUUACACCAAAGAGGAACAGCUUGCCCCAGAUGAUGCAUGGCGCUGCCCGCACUGCAAGCAGCUGCAGCAGGGUAGCAUCACACUGAGCCUCUGGACCUUACCUGAUGUUCUCAUCAUACAUCUCAAAAGGUUUAGGCAGGAAGGAGACCGAAGGAUGAAACUUCAAAACAUGGUUAAAUUCCCGCUGAGUGGCCUGGACAUGACUCCUCACGUCGUUAAACGCAGCCAGAGCAGCUGGAGUUUGCCCUCGCACUGGUCCCCGUGGAGGCGACCCUAUGGUCUUGGAAGGGAUCCUGAGGACUAUAUUUACGAUCUGUACGCUGUUUGCAAUCACCACGGCACCAUGCAAGGGGGGCACUACACAGCAUAUUGCAAAAACUCAGUUGAUGGCCAGUGGUACUGCUUUGAUGACAGUGAUGUUCAGCAGCUUUCUGAAAAUGAAGUCUGCAAGCAGACAGCGUAUAUUCUUUUCUACCAGAGACGCACAGCAAUCCCGUCGUGGUCUGCUAACAGCUCUGUGGCAGGCUCCACCAGCUCGUCGCUGUGCGAGCACUGGGUGAGCCGCCUGCCCGGCAGCAAGCAGCCCAGCGUGGCGUCCGCCGCCUCCUCGCGCCGCACGUCGCUGGCCUCGCUCUCGGAGUCCGUGGAGCUGACCGGAGAGAGGAGCGAAGACGACGGUGGAUUUUCCACUCGACCGUUUGUAAGAAGCGUCCAGCGUCAGAGCCUGUCGUCCAGGUCGUCCGUCACCAGCCCCCUGGCAGCGAGCGAGAACGGCGCCCGGCCCUCGUGGUCGCUGUCGGCCAAGCUGCAGCUGCGCUCCGGCUCUCCGUCGCGCUUCUCCGGGGACUCCCCUGUGCACACCUCCGCCUCCACCCUGGAGAAGAUCGGAGAGGCUGCUGAUGAUAAGGUCUCCACCUCUUGCUUUGGCAGCUUGAGGAAUCUGUCCAGCAGCUACUUGGAACCCUGUGAUGGCAGUCGGCGAGAGCACAGGGCGGCUCGCAGAGCUCCCUUGGCUGUCAUGGAAGGGGCCUUCAGGGAAGAGCCUGUAGCAAGGACAUCCAGCUCGGAUCUUUUAGACAGGUUUGGUAAAAGCUCUGUGCAAGGAGACAGGAAUUACCCUGCUUUGGACCCCUUUGAUAAUAACAAUCAAAUUGCCUUUGUUGAUCAGAGCGAUUCUGUGGACAGCUCUCCAGUCAAAGAGGUGAAAGGCCCCAGUGGCACCGGGCUAGCUGUGGAAAAGGCAGAUGGCACCUCCAAGAAGGCUCACAGCUCCAAGGGAGCUUCGGAGCCGGACAGGAGCCUGAGGAAGGGAAGGACGAUCUUAUCCACCCAAGAGCCCAAAGGCUCUCACCCCUCUCCUCCGCUAAAGAGUUCUCAGAAGGCUUCCCGUUCCAGAAGCAAGACGGACUCUUCUAGGGCCAUGGGGCGACAUGGAUCUCCUGCUCCAGGUCAGGCUAGGAAGGAGCAGAGCACCAAGGCCCAGGAGGUGGCUGUCCCGUCUGCUCAACAAAAACAAAAGUCAGGUUCUUCUCCAUCCUCUGCAGCUGCCAAGAAAGCCCCGUCAGUGACUAAGGGCCCUUCUGCUGCAAAGAGCCGGACUUCAGAGCGAAGCCUCAGCAGGGAGGGCUCCAAGAUAAGUCUGGGGUCAGAUAAAACGAGCGUUACCAGCAGUUCAAGAACGAGCUCCCCCCGAAUAAGCCACUCGAGGAGUGACAGCAGGACAGUGGAGAGCAAGCACGUGCGGAGUUCCUCCAUGGCCAACCUGCGGUCUCCAAACGUUGGCAUGCGUUCUGGCUUGAAGAGGGACAGCAAGUCGGAAGAGAAAGGACUGUCUUUCUUUAAAUCUGCCUUGAGGCAGAAGGAGACCCGGAGGUCAGCAGACCUGGGGAAGACCACAAUGCUCUCAAAAAAGGCAGCAGGCAGCUCUUCCAAGUCAGCCAGUAAAAAUGUACUGGAGGACAAAUCGGAGAAGGGUGUCAUCCCACCAGCCUCUCAAACCAAUGCCAAUGUUACUGCGAAAGAAAAGCUUGCCUCAAAAGAUGCCACAUCCACUAAACAUUCUCUGCUAUCUAGUCGCAAGUCCAAGUCUUCCCAGCUAGAUCCUGCAGUCCAGUCUCCUUCCAGUGGCAAGCAGUCUGAGAAGUCGCUGAAAAAACUACCUUCCAGCAUGCAGGUGUCUGUACGGUCUUCUCUGGAACCUCAGUGAGAUGCUGCAAUCCAGGUGUCUUUUCUUCUGCAGAGAAGCUAAUUUAUUCUGAGCUCUUGUUUUUUUGUUCAUGUGCCUAAUGUAUGUUUUGAGGAGAAGUUAACUGCAAGUUGUUAAAGCGCCUUUUGAUUCUGCCAUCAAACCAAAUAGCCACAGGCAGCCAGCACUGAUGCAAGUAGUCUAGCUGAAGUCGUUGUUGAACGUGAAUGCAGCUGUCCCAUAGCACUUGUACAGAAGUCUCUUUAUAGAAAAUGUAACAACUUUCUUCAGAUUCAGGGUUGGAAAUCCUGAAACGCAGUUACGCUGGCACUAGUGUGCUUUGUAGAGCUGUGAACUGAUAUUCCUUUGGUCUUGUUCUGAGCAGGCUGUGUCCACACUCAUGUCUGGCCUCGUCUGAGCUGUGAAGGAUGCUAAGGAAACUGAAAAGGAGAGACUGCUGCUUCUUCCUGCUCUCUCUCAACCCUCUUUCACUGCUCCCCUCCAUUUUUUUCAAGCUUUUUAAAGGGCAAUAUCUCAACACUAAUGUUGUUUCUCAGGUAUAUACUCAGCCGGUAUAGGAGGGACUAGCAUUAGUGGAUGGACAGAUCCAGAAAGGUACCUGUGUGU